AUACACGUCUUCCAAUGUUGGAAGUGUUAAACACUGGCAAAGAUGAAAUCAUGAGCCUGAUGAUGAUGCCACGACAACUCAAGUAUGGAAGAUCUACCAAUCAUGAAGUAAUCGGAUCCGUUAGAAUACAUAAACCAUGCUCAGUCCACCCAUAUGCUAAUAGCUACGUUGGUUCAUUAUCAAAUAAAGCAUAUCCAUUUGGAUCGGAAAGCCAAUUACAAGAGUCUUGCCAAACUUCCUAGCUCCUCACGCUCUUACCUCUCGUUAUAUACAAACCCCACCACCUUUGUUCAGCAUUCAGUACAGUAGUAUCUUUUCUAGUAUGGAUUGGAAAGGCAAACAAGGUGAUGGAAUGAGAACAAUAAGCUUUCGAUAUGAAAACUACACUAACAGAAGGGCGUUCUUGAGAAGUUAUCCUCUUCAAUGGGGAGCGGAUGAUAAAUCCAACGGAGAUAUGGUGAGGGUCGCUGAUCAGCAUGAUCAAGAGAGACCCACGAAGAAGAUUAUCCAAGAUGAGUGCAAGAAAGAAGAUGUGCAGAAGGCUGUCGAUGGGCACAAUCAAAGGAGACCAGUGAAGAAGAUUAUUCAAGAUGACAAAUAUAUCGAAGAGGAUGUGGGGAAGGUUGUCGAUGGGCGGAAUCAAAUGAGACCCGUGAAGAAGAUUAUCCUCACUGUUUUGCACUGGGGUGGAGACAAAGUUUUGUUCUUUAGGAGAUUCAAACAUAAGCUAGCACUUUAUGCCAUUGCAUGUGUCCCUGCUGGCCUUAAGACCCCCAACGCCCUACUUUCAGCUUGAUCUCCUCCUUUUUCUUCCCAUCUUCUUCCAACAUAUAUGGGUUGCUAUCGUACAAAAAGGCAUUGCCAAUAAAUGUUUCAUGUAGUAUUCAAAUUGGAUUUCCAACCUAACAGGCCUGUUUCAAUAAAAUAUGAUAAUGCAACAAAAGGCUCUGCCCUCGGCACGUGAUACUUGUUCUAUCAUAACCAUUACCAUGACAGGAAUUUUUACAACUAAUGAUGGAAUAUAGGCAAUGAAUGGUUACAUCAUCAAUAAAAAAUUUAAAAAAAAAAAAAAAUCCAGAGAACGAGGAGAAAAAAAUGC